AUUUACGUUACCACGAUGUAGUGUGAUCAUAUCAUCAACUCCUAAUAGGGCAGUCUGAGAUUAUUGUCCUUAUUAGUGACAUCUAGUGUACAUUUUAAAAACAAAUAUGAAAAACUUUUAGGGGGUAGAAUGUUAGAUGGCUGUAAUAAUUACUUUUGACAUGUUUUGUAUGAAACCGAAACGAAACUGUCAUAAACUGUACCCCCCACCCUGCUGUGAUGGUGUGAUUGUGGAAACUGGAAUCCUCAAUCUUCAAUUUUCAUUAAUUCAUUUGUCGUCUGGUGGUCGUUUGUGUCCUCAAUUCGUGCUCUAUCCUGAUCUUGAUUAAUUUUCAUUUUGCAUUUAUUUGAUGAUUCUUUGCCUAAAAUACUAAUUCAAAAUUUGUAGAUAUAAAACUAAUUAUUUAGUUAGUACUUACAUUUUCCGCUUAUUUCUAGUGUUCCAUAUUUAAAAUAGGUUACUUAUGUACAUAAUUAUCAAUUAACUUAAUCGGAAAGCAACAUUCAAACAUGUCAACAAGUAAAGAAAACACUCUACCUGAAGGAUGGGAGGAACGUAUGAGUCGAAGUACUGGUAUGGUUUACUACCUGAACAAGCACACUAAAAAGUCCCAAUGGGAUAUGCCAACUGAGACAGCUCCAAUUGUAGAUGAAGACAAUGAUAACGAAGGUCCAAGUAAUGUGCAGUGCAGUCACCUCCUCGUAAAGCAUGCUGGUAGCCGCCGACCUUCCUCUUGGCGUGAAAAAAAUAUAACCAGAACUAAAGAGGAAGCUAUGGACAUGAUUAAAGAAUUUCGUCGGCAGAUCAUUAACAAAGAAACAACAUUUGCGGAGUUGGCCCGGACAUAUUCAGAUUGCUCCUCAGCCAAGCGCGAUGGUGAUUUGGGCCAGUUCAAGAAAGGCCAAAUGCAAAAGCCAUUUGAGUUAGUGUCAUUUAAUCUUGAAGUUGGCCAACUGAGCCACCCAGUCGACACUGACUCUGGAGUCCACAUCAUCCUACGGACAGCUUAGCCACCAUUGAAACAUUUUCUAUAGUAUGUGCAAAACUUUGAACCCGUUCUGAACACAAUUGUAUGGCUGCACACUUGCACAGUAUACACAAUGAGGUGCAAUAGUAGAGUUUGGCGCAUAUUAUAUUUAAUGUUGAGUAAGAUACUCAUAGUUCUUAGAUAAUAUAUACGUACAAUUUUUCUUUAUGAUAAUAUGCAGUAAUUGUUCUUAAACUACAUAUAUUAUAUUUUAUUAAAACUGCGAUCUGGCCUUUUUGUAUAGUUAUUGAAAUUGUAUUUAUUGCUUGUACUAUAUAUAAUGUAAUAAUGGCAAAACAUACAUCAUAAUUAUGUCAUCUGUUUGGAUGUUACGAAGUCACAACACCAGGGUUUCCCCAAAUAAUGUAAUGUAUUAUACUCAUAACCAGUA